CCAAAGAUGACGCCCACUUCCAGUGAGAACAUUACUACUCAAGCCAGCGUUGCCGCAAGCUCGGUCCCGCCUUCCCACCUUGCUAAACUACCACCGCGGAGGUCGGGCGAGCGCUGCUGUUUCCCGUGCAACAGAUGUCUGAGAGCUAGUCAGUCGUGUGUAGGACCCCCCGCACCCUUCUCUGCACCUCCACCUGCAGCCAUGAACGGUGGAGCCAGCAUGUGGGCCAUCACUCCAGAGGAGCGAGGCAAACAUGACAAACAGUUUUACACCCUCGCCCCCGUCUCAGGCUAUGUCUCUGGCGAGCAAGCCAGGGGAUUCUUCCUGCAGUCGGGCCUGCCGCCGCCUGUCCUGGCUGAAAUCUGGAACCUGGCGGACAUGGACAGCGACGGCAAGAUGGACAGACAGGAGUUCUCCAUCGCCAUGAAGCUCAUCAAGCUCAAACUGCAGGGGUGGAACUUACCCUCAACCCUGCCUGUUGUCAUGAAGCAGCCUACUUUUGCGAAUUCAGUCUCCCCCGUCCCUUCGUCCGCCCGCUUUGGAAUGGGCUCUUUGCUAAACCUGUCAGUUGGCAUGUCGUCCAUGUCUGCCAUGCCCAUGCUAACACCCAUCCCGGCUAACACCCUCAUGCGACCCCUGGCUCCCACGCCAAUGACCGCAAUGCCUCUCAUCACCUCGCUGGGAAACGGCGGAUUUUACAACGUCAACCUCCUCAGUCCACCGCGCGUUCCUAACGCUGCAGGCCUUCCUCUCUCUAGUUUCUCUUCUCCGGUGACGUUUUCACCACCCAACAGCAUGUCCAAAACCAACUCUCUUCUAGACCUUGGAUCCAGCAGUUCCAACUCUUCCUCCACCACCUCGCUAGCCAGCAACUCUCCCAAGACGUCUUCGAGUGACUGGGACGUGCCGCAAGCUUCCAGACUUAAGUACAGGCAGCAGUUCAACACACUGGAUAAGCUCAUGAGUGGCUACUUGUCAGGGCCUCAAGUGAGAAACGCUUUGAUUGCAUCCAAUCUGACGCAGACUCAGCUGGCUACAAUUUGGAACCUCGCGGAUGUGGACAAGGACGGCCAGCUGCGAGCUGACGAGUUCAUCCUGGCCAUGCACCUUGUGGACAUGGCUAAAACUGGCCGCCCGCUGCCGCUCACGUUGCCCCAAGACCUGGUGCCGCCUCCUCUUAGAGGAGGAAUCAAGCCCAGUGAGCUUGUUAACGGUACCGGACAUUACAGUAGUCCCUCUUUAGUCGACCCGCUGGAGGCAGAACCCGUGCAGAAGAGCAAAAGCAGCGUAUCCUUUGAGGACAAGCUGAAGGAGAACUUUGCUCGAGGCAGUGCCGAGCUAGAGAAGCGGCGUCAGGCCCUGGAGGAAACGCAGAGGAAGGAGCGCGAGAGGAGGGCCAGGGAGGAGCGGGAGACUCAGGAACGCAGGGAGAGGGAGGCCCGGGAGCAUGAGAAUCGGAGGCGGUUGGAGGAGGAGCGGCGUCUGGAUAGGCAGCGGGAGAUGGAGAGGCAACGGGAGGAGGAAAGGCUGAGGGAGCUGGAGAGAAAGGAGGCAGCCAAGCAGGAGCUGGAGCGUCAGCGUCGUGAGCAAUGGGAGCGCAGCAAGAAGGAAGAGCUGAUCAGGAGGCGAGAAGGGGAGCAGGAUGAGAUCUCGCAGCUCCGAGCCAAGAAGAAGAGUCUGGAGUUGGAGCUGGAGGCUGUGGGCAACAAGCACAAACAGAUCUCCGACCACCUCCGAGACGCUCAAAGCAAGAGAAAGAUCCAGAAGGCGGAAGUGGACCUCAUCAAUCAGAAGAGAGACGCACGCAUCGUGGAGAUCAACACUCUGCAGCUUCAAUUUGAGGAAUGGCAGAAGAAACUCUCUUUGCUGGUUCCAGAGCAGCAGAAGCUGACUGAGAAGCUGAGAAACAUGAACCUCAACAAAAUCCCAUCAGCAACGUUGGCCUCGCUGGCCGUGAACGUGGCCGACAAAGGUGCCAACUGUCGGAAACUGAAGGACCAGCUCGACGCUCUGGAAAAGGAAAGCACAGACAAGCUGACCCAAAUGAAGCAGUACAACAAGGACCUGCAGCUUGAGGACAUGGAUGAUUGUCUCCUACGGGCUCUUCUGUCUCUGCUGGCUUGUCUCCGUCAGCUUUUCCUACUCAUCAAGGAACUUAGAGAGAAGCAAGCCAAGCAGCAGUCUGUUCUGGAAAACCUGUACAGGGUCAAGGAGGAGAAGCUGUGGGAGCUGCAAAUACGCAGGGAGGAACAGGAGCGUGAAAGGAAAAUGAAGGAGGCAGAGGAGCGAGAAAGACACAGAAAGGAGGAAGAAGCGGAACGAGAAAGGCAGCGGAGGGAAGAAGAGGAGGAACGGGAAAGGCAGCGAAGGGAAGAGGAGGAAGAACGGGAAAGGCAGAGGAAGAAGGAAGAGGAAGAACAAGAGAGGCGGAGAAAAGAAGAAGAGGAAGAACGACAAAGACGGAGGAAAGAGGAAAAGGAGGAACGAGAAAGGCAGAGGAAGGAAGAAGAGGAGGAACGAGAAAGGCAGAGGAAGGAAGAAGAGGAGGAACGAGAAAGGCAGAGGAAGGAAGAAGAGGAGGAACGAGAAAGGCAGAGGAAGGAAGAAGAGGAGGAACGUGAAAGGCAGAGGAAGGAAGAAGAGGAAGAACGAGAUAAGCGGAGGAAGGAGGAAGAGGUAGCGGUGGCUAGGUAUAUGCGGGCAAAGCUGGAGGAGGAGGAGGGGGAAAAAAGGGAAAAGGAGCAGGAGGAAGAGGAGAGAAGAAGAAGGGAGGAAGAAGAGGAGAAAAAGAAGAAAUCCUCCAAGGUGACUCUUUAUAAAGCCUUGUACUCGUUCUUGGCUCGCAACAAGGAUGAGCUGAGCAUUGACGCUGAGUGCCUCAUAGAGGUGGACGAGCAGACUAAAGGCGAGCCCGGUUGGCUGUGCGGCAGUUACCGUGGCAACAGAGGCUGGUUCCCUCAAAGUUAUGCUGAGAAAUGCCCUGGCCCUGCCUCCCCUAAAACUGGCCCUGCCUCCUGUUGUCCAUCCUUCCUUGAACCACCACAGCUGGAAAACUCCAGAAUCCCAGAUGGUUACCAAAUAACAGAAGAUGAUGUCACUCCUGUUCAGUUGGACAUAAGCCAGUUUGCAGCACCUGUCCUGGCUCGGGUCAUCUCUCCGUGGUCGCCUGCCCCCUCUGCAACACACUUCCCACUCGACGAGGAUGACGUCGACAAUGUGCUGCUCAGCUUGCCGCAGGGUGAUGUCAUCAACGUGCUGCAGCAGAGGGGCGACUGGUGGUUCGGGCAGCUUAACGGGACGCGGGGAUGGUUUCCCAGAAGCUGCGUCACUGUUGAGGCGGUCGGCAAUGUGGAUAUAGACACGCUGGAUGUCAACGAUUGUACUCAGCUUGAAGAAUAUGUGGCCCUGUACACGUACGAAAGCCCGGAAGCAGGCGACCUGACCUUUGAAGAGGGUGAUGUUGUCAUGGUGACUGAGCACGAAGGGGAGUGGUGGAGAGGAUGCAUUGGCGACCAAACCGGAGUCUUUCCAUCCAACUAUGUAAGACCUGUGGAACCAGAGGUGUCAAGACCUGGAGGCCCAACCAAAAAGCCUGAAAUCGCCCAGGCCGUCACAGCCGUUUCAGGCGCAACAACGCAGCAUCUGCAUCUUUCCCCGGGGCAACUCAUCGUGAUCCUGGCAAAGAACUCCUCUGGGUGGUGGCUGGGGGAACUGCAAGCUCGAGGCAAGAAGCGUCAGAGAGGCUGGGUUAAGUCCUCCAACCUUAAACUGCUAGGACCCUCAAGCAACAAGUCCUCCCCAUCCCCUCUGCCAGUCUGCCAAGUCAUCGCCAUGUACGACUACACGGCCGCCAACCGCGAUGAGCUGAGCUUCUCCAAAGGUCAGCUGAUCAACGUCCUGGAUAAGACUAACUCUGAUUGGUGGAAAGGAGAGACCAACGGCAUUACGGGCCUUCUGCCUACCAACUACGUCAAGAUGACCACCACCGAGUCGGACCCCAGCCAGCAAUGGUGUGCUUACCUGAUGACCCUUGACACCAUGACCCCCCAAGAGAGGAAGAGGCAGGGUUACAUCCAUGAGCUCAUUCACACUGAGGAGACGUACGUGGAUGACCUAGAGCUGGUGUUGGAGGUGUUCCACAAGCCCAUGUCGGACUCAGGUCGACUUACAGAAGGCGAGAUGGGCGUCAUCUUUGUAAAUUGGAGAGAGUUAAUCAUGUGUAACACUAAACUACUCAAGGCGCUGCGUGUCCGCAAGAAAUUGGGUGGAGAGAACAUGCCGGUCCAGCUUAUUGGCGACCUGCUGGCAUCGGAGUUGACACACAUGCAGCCGUACAUCCGCUUUUGCUCUUGCCAGCUCAACGCCGCCGCCCUACUGCAGAGCAAAACGCACAACCAGCCCGACUUCAAGGACUUCCUUAAAAAGAUCGCCACUAACUACCGCUGUAAAGGAAUGCCGCUGUCCAGCUUCCUGCUGAAGCCCAUGCAGAGAAUCACCCGUUACCCUCUGCUCAUAAAGAAUAUCCUAGAGCAUACCCCUGACCACCACGCUGACCACGCUACUUUGAGGGAAGCUCUGGAGCGCGCAGAGGAGUUGUGCUCUCAGGUCAACGAGGGCGUCCGGGAGAAGGAGAACUCUGAUCGCUUGGAGUGGAUCCAGAGCCACGUGCAGUGUGACGGAGCCAUCGAGCACUUGCUGUUUAACUCGUUGACCAACUGCUUGGGCCCACGCAAGCUCCUCCACAGCGGUCGUCUGCACAAGUCCAAGAGCAGCAGAGAGCUGUGGGCCUUCCUCUUCAACGACUUCCUCCUCCUCACAAAUGCCGCCAAGACCUUCUCCUCCUCGGGUCCGGACAAGCUCUUCAGCCCCAAGAGCAGCAUGCAGCUCAAGAUGUACAAGACGCCACUCUUCCUCAAUGAGGUUUUGGUGAAAAUGCCACCUGACCCGUCCAGCGACGAGCCGCUCUUCCACGUCUCGCACAUCGACCGCGUCUACUCGCUCAGGACCGAGACCUUGAAUGAAAGGGCGACGUGGGUGCAAAAAAUCAAAGUGGCGUCGGAGUAUUUCAUCGAGACGGAGAAGAAAAAAAGGGAGAAGGCGUAUCAAGCUCGCUCUCUGAAGACCAGCGGCAUCGGCAGACUGCUGGUGACCGUCACUGAGGCUCAGGAGCUCAAAGCCUGCAAGCCCAAUGGGAAGAGCAACCCUUACUGCGAGCUGACCAUGGGGGCUCAGUGUUACACCUCCAGAGCCCUCAGCAACACCCUCAACCCUAAGUGGAACUUCAACUGCCAGUUCUUCAUCAAAGACCUCUACCAGGACGUGCUGUGCAUCACUGUGUUUGAGAAGGACCAGUUCUCGCCAGACGACUUCUUGGGCCGCACUGAGGUCCCAGUGGCAACCAUCAAGAAGGAAAUGGAGAGUAAAGGGGCGGCCAGUCGCCGUCUGCUGCUGCAUGAAGUCCCCACAGGAGAAGUGUGGGUCAAGCUGGACUUGCAGCUUUAUGAGGCGCCAAAAUAAGGUCAAGUUGAGGCAAUAUUGACAAAUGUCUUGGAGUGCCUUUACAGGACAUACUACUACACACAUGAUCAUCUUCCAUUUAAAGGGGAAUGUAAUUGUCAAUCACUGGAAUAUUCUUUUCUCCAUAACAAAACCCGCCUGUGGACAUGUUGUGAAUAAAUUGUUCAUACGCUUGA